AGUUUCUUGCAGAAUCUCAACAGAAUUAAACGAAAAAAUUAACCGCAAAAUGAAAUUCAGUUCAAUAUUCAAUCAUCUUCGUCGGAGAAGUGGUACAACUUAUGAUGUCGAUAAUACACAAAAUGGGGAGGAACCAAAAUUUUCUGCCGUUGAGAGCACAGUGUCGGAAUAUGUUCAAAAGAGCACCAUUCACGGUAUUUCGUACGUUGGGGACGGUGAACGAAACAAGUUCGAAAGAAUUUGGUGGUUCGUCAUGUUAAUCUGUUCAACGUUUGGUGCGUGCUAUUUGAUCUACCAAGCAUACAGAACAAUGAACGAAAAUCCAAUAAUUGAAAGCCCAGCAUUGAAUAAGGCUCCAUUAUGGUACGUGCCGUUUCCUGCUUUUACCAUUUGUCCUACGAUCAAAAAAGAACUCACUACCUUCGCAUUGAACAAAACUAAUUGGCCGGAUUUUGCGCAAAAAUUUUUGCCGAAGAAUUUAUUUGACCUGUCAUACUCUUUAUCAGUAGUUCCUACAAUUGACCUACAAAAUUUGUUGCUGCAAAGAAGCGACCAGGAUAAUUACAAAAUUUUGAGUCAGGCUUUGCCAGAAAUCAAAGUUAAAUCUGCUAGUUGGUUGAAAAGAGGUAAUGAGAUAUACGAUAUUACCUGGCAAAAAACAAUAACAUCCAUUGGUGCUUGUAUAACAUUCAACAUGUACGACGAAAAAGACUUACUGAGAGACGGUGUAAUUCCGAGUACACUUGCUGAACUCACCGACAAGAAGGAACAACUGUGGAGUCGAGAUUCUGACUUUACGAAAGGACUACCGGUGGAAGACUACACAUAUCCGCUUCGAGCGCUCACUAUUAACCAAAUGUUUCUAACGCACUUCAACGUUAAUCAAGUUAGACGACUCAGUCAAUUCGAUUCAAAAUUUACGGUGAUCUUUCAUACACCCGACGAAGUUCCGCUUUUUGAACGACACGUUGUAUUCACCACCAUUAAAGCUGACACAUUUAGUUUCGUCGAAAUUACGCCGCAUUUAGUCGUAUCGGAAGGCAUCGAAAAAUACGAGCCGAACGUUCGAAAUUGCUAUUACACCCACGAGCGACAUUUGAAAUAUUUCAAAAUCUACACCCAAAACCAUUGCGAAUUGGAAUGCCUGGCUAAUUAUACCCUCAACCAAUGUGGAUGCGUUCCUUACUUUAUGCAUCAUUUUAACGACACCAAAAUUUGUGGAACGGAUUUGGAUUGCUAUUGGACUGCGUUGCACGAUCUUUUUUUACCCGAGUUCAAAGAUGACGGUACACAUGCUCUAAUUGACGAUUGCAAUUGCCUACCAACAUGCACUCAGUUGUCGUAUACAAUUCAAGUGACCGAAUUGGACCGGCAACCAGGUCGAAGUUCGCUCCAAAUUACUUACAAACUUCCAUUUUUUACGAAAAAUGUCCGCACUGAGCUGCAUAGUCUGAGUGAAUUCUUUUCUAAUUGUGGCGGUUCCCUUGGUCUAUUCCUUGGAGUGUCGAUCUUCAGUAUUAUUGAAUUGAUUUACUUUUGUACAGUUCGAUUGUAUUUGCACAGUAAACGGUCGGAUCGGGAAAAAAGUUCCGAAAAGACCAAUGAACGAUGAACAAUAUAUAAAGGAAUGGCCAGUAAUAGUAGACUGCAUUGGCCUUCAGCUUGUCACAAACUGAUCUGUCAUCUUUUGAGAGGUGAGCGGGCUAUUUGAAAACAUUAAAAACUCGACCUAUUGAAUUAUCACUGAUUUAUCAGGUUAAUCUAGGUUUGUGUUUGGACCUGUUUCCAAUGCAGUUUAUUUUAUCGGUUAUCCCAUU